UAGGCCAAUAACGGGGAAGAGGCAGAGCGAAUCAACAUUAAAUACCCACACCCCGUCUCACGCUAUUGUAGAUCGAAUAAUAUCCAUCCUAUCACGAGUCGAAUCGAAUAAUACCCAUGAGGCAAGUUCAAAUUGCCAUUGCCUCCAACCCCUCUCCCCUUCCCUUAGAGUGAUUUGUUUGUGGGCUUAUACCAAUACCCAACUGCACCACGGCCCAAAUCUUUCAAAUUUAGAUCAACCCCACAGCCCAAGUAUAAUUAUCAAAUUUAUGGCAGGGCCACAGCCCAUAUGUUAUGAAACCCAAAUCAAUAACAAUAACAUUUAAAUCAUCAACCACUAAUUUUUUUCCAGUUCAAUAUCCAAUCCUAUUUUCAAAACAUUGGACAUUAAAAUUUUUCUCACAUACUAUCUUAAAAUCGACUUGAAUUGGUUGAACCUAGCUAAUCCAAUCAUUAAAAAAUCAAAUAACUUAUCAAACUGACUUGAUGGCUUAUUCGGGUUUUACAACCUUCCUAACCACAUACUGCAAAGUAAACUUCGAUCCCUAAAUUAAAGUGUGAACCUUCUCAGGUCCAUAGAGCAAAACUAAUCAUCUGUGCUGAAGCCUAUAUCAUCAAUUAUUCAGCCCAUCGAUUGUUACAGUGUCCCUGUUUGUUGGCUUAUCCUUUUCCAUAAGAGACUCCCCAUUCUUGUUAGACAGCUCUAGACUUAUUUAAUGAACGAAAUGCAACUGUCAGUUCCAAACAUAUAGAAGAAGUCUCUUCAACGAAUUCUAGAAACCACAGUACAAUUACUGCCGCGAACAACGGGUUACUCCCAAUAGUUUGGGUAAUUACAAUCAGCUGGUUGGGUCUCAAAAUUUUUUUUUUUUUAAUCAAGAGAUCUCUUUUUAAAUCCUGAUAAUCUCAUUUGGUAAAUUUGGUAUUCAAAUCUCUGUAAACUUUAAACCUAUAACUUUCGAGAGCGUAUUACUACACCAUUAAUGCACGUAAAAAAAGCUACCAAUUAAUCCAGGUUAAAAUUUGCUUCCCAAGCCACCUCCAUGCAACUUCACUUUUGCCGCCAUUCUAAGCAAAACCAUUACAGUAAUACAGUUAGUUAAGGUUCCAUCCCUCUCCAACUGCAAAAUUUUCCAUGAAAAAAAAUUAGCCACGUUCUAACCACUCCUUGUUUUAGUACUGUUAUAUCCCCCCGCAGAUGUUCUAUUAUAUGUAACAACCGCACCUAACAGUUAACACUCCUUCCUAAUCACACUCUCUCACCUCUCCCCUUUAUAACCAACUUCCCCUCUUUGCUCCAAUCACUUCCAUGUUCCAUCUAUCUAUUCGUGACCCAAAAAAUGGUGUCGAUCACGAAGCAACAUUUUCUCUUGCUCUCACUCUUCACCAUCGUCCUGAUCUCCGGCCCGACGCUGGCCCAGCAGCCUCCGGCCGAGGCGCCGGGCCCAGCGGCCGCGGCCGCCAAGCUCGGCCCGAUCAACGUGGUCAAGAUCCUGACCAAGGCGAAGACCUUCAAGUCCUUCGUCCGCCUCCUCAAAACGACGCAGCUCGACAGCAACCUCAACAACCAGCUCGGUGACUCCAACAACGGCAUCACCAUCUUCGCCCCCAACGACGCCGCUUUCGCCAAGCUGAAGCCGGGCACCCUCGGGCAGCUGACCAGGCAGGAGAAGCUGCAGCUGGCGCAGUUCCACAUCGUCCCGGUCUUCAUCUCCCGGUCCGGCUUCGACUCGGUCGGGAACCCGGUCCAGACCCACGCCGGGUCGGGCGACCUGCUCCAGCUCAACGUGACGUCGACGGGCGGAGGGCCGGGUGGGCCCGUGAGUCUGGAGACCGGGGUGACUAAUACUACUCUAUCCGACACCGUUUAUAUGGACACCCACUUGGCCAUUUAUCAGGUGGACAAGGUGCUUCAGCCCAUGUCCAUCUUUGGGGCUCCGGAUCGGGCCCAGUCGCCGGCGCCCGCCGCGGCCAAGGGGAAAGGGAGUAAGAGUGGUGACGUCGGGGAUGAUGAGAGCGGUGACGACGGCGGUGAUGAUGAUGAUGGGGUUGGCGGGAAACGCUCCAAUGGGGCGGUUGUUGUUCAUAGUAGUACUGUUGUUGUUGCUGUGUUUGCGGGAGUGAUUUCUGUAGCUUUAACUUGUUGCAUUUUGAUUUGACCGUGUGAUUUAUAUGAUCGGAGAAUAAAGAUUGGGAAUUGUA